UCCAAGGGGAGGGCGACUCACUAGGCUUGGCUCGGCAAGCAGGCCCGCCUCGCCCCACCCGCCUGCCCCUUCCUCCGCUCCAGAUUUAAUCACACAUAAGAAAGAGGAAACUUCCAUGGUGCAGACAGAUGAUGAUCAAUUGAUAAAUCAACCCUGAAUUUUACCAGACUUUUAAGCAGCGGAAAGAAUGUCGGCGCGGGCCGCGGGUGACGUCAGGGGGGAGCAACGCAGAGCGGCGGCGGCGGCGGCGAAUAGGCAGCAACAGCAGCAGCAGCAGCAGCAGCAAUCCCAGCGGCGGGCCCGGCCUGGAGGAGGCGGCGGCGGCGGCGGAGGAGGAGGAGGAGGAGUGGAGAGCGGCCUCGGCCCCGCUGCCACCACGACGCUGCCGGCCAAUACGGGGACCCCGGCGGCCCCCAGCAGCAGCAGCGCCGCCAUGGCCACCAGCGGCGGGGAGCGCCGGUCCCUGCCCAGCCCCGAGGCCAUGCUGGGGCAGCCCUGGAGCCACUGGGUCGACGCCGCCAAACUUCACGGGAACAACGACGGAGCAGCCUUGGAAGAAAGCUUCAAGGAAUAUGGGAAAAACCGAGAAGCAAUGCGACUCUGUAGAGAAGAUAUGCCAAUAUUUGGUCUUUGUCCAGCGCAUGAUGAUUUCUAUUUGGUGAUGUGUAACCACUGUAAUCAGGUCGUGAAACCACAGGCAUUUCAAUCACAUUAUGAAAGAAGACACAGCUCCUCCAGCAAGCCGCCUUUAACCCCCACUUCCUCUUCAGUAUUCUCAGGCUUCUCAUCUCUGUCUUCAAAGAGCAAAGGUAGCAGCGGAGGGGGGAGCAGUCGCUCAUCUAGUGGUGGAGGUACUAGUGCAUCAUCGUCAUCCAGUUCCAAGUUGUUGAAAUCACCCAAAGACAAGCUGCCAAUCAGUGGAAACAAUAGGCCAAUACAUCUGGUACAUAGCAAAGGUCCCCAUGACAAAAUCAUGACUCCAUCUGUCAAAGUGGAAAAAAUACAUCCAAAGAUAGAUGGUGCAUUAUUGAAACCUGCUGUUGGUCCAACCUGUUCUACUACUGUGAGCUCCUCAAUAAAGACUGGCCUUAAUCCCUCAAUACCAAAGCCACCCUUGCCUUCCCCUGGACAGAUACUGAAUGGUAAAGGUCUUCUCUCUGUGCCUCCAUACUUGGAAAAGAAACAAGACGAGGGUACAAACAAUAGGAAAUUUUUACACAAACGAUUAUCAGAGAGAGAAUUUGAUCCUGAUAUCUAUUGUGGUGUCAUUGACUUGGAAACCAAGAAACCCUGUACUAGGUCUUUGACAUGCAAGACACAUUCCCUAACUCAACGGAGAGCUGUGCAGGGUCGGAGGAAGCGAUUUGAUUUAUUACUCGCUGAGCACAAAAGCAAAACCAGGGAAAAAGAAUUACUGCGCCAUUUGGAUCAUCAUCAGCAGCAGAUGCCCCCUCUCAGGGAACCACAUCCCUCACCUUCAAGAACUUCCCAGGAGCUGCACCAAAAUUCUCAUGGAGUUAAUCCUACAGAAUCAAAGCCUUUAGUACCUAAUAAACCCAAACCUCACACCCCCAGUCUUCCAAGGCCUCCAGGCUGUCCAACACAGCACAGUGGGAACGCCCCUAGUGAAUCUCUGUCAGUCCAUGAAUCUCCACAGGCUCCCCUGCCUGCCACUGAACCAGCAUCUCGGUUAUCCAGUGAUGAGGGAGAAUGUGAUGAAAAAGAAGAGCUUGUUGAAAAACUGGAUUGUCUUUAUUCAGAUCAUCAUCCUCAGCCAGCUGCUUUUUGCACAUUUGGUAGUCGACAAAUUGGAAGAGGUUACUACGUGUUCGACAGACGAUGGAACCAUAUCCGAUGUGCACUUAAUGUCAUGGUGGACAAGCAUCUUAACUCGCAGAUGUGGAAGAAAAUUCCUCCAGCAACAAGCAACACUGCAUCCGUACGUGCUCCACACCGGACAAGCUCAACGCCUGUGUCGCAAUACGGUGCCAGCACAACAGGUUUCCUCCUACCCACCACAGCUAUGUCUCCGCCAGUGCUUGUGUCUCCUUCCUGUUUAUCUCUUAGCGGUAAAUCAGUACCUUCCCAUGGGACUACGCUCAAUGCCAACCCUGCUAGUUUUGGUGCAGCAGAACCUGCCUGCAGUAUGCAAUCAAGACAAGUGUCUACGUCCCCGUCAACACCUCCAGUGCUUUCCUCAGUACCUUCACCUCUGUCCAGCAAACCUCAGAAAUUGAAAUCCAGCAAGUCUUUUAAGCCUAAGGAACCUUCCGCUAGCAGCGCCAACUGUAACAGUACCAGUAGCAACAGCAGUAGCGGCAGCUCAGGAAAGAAACGUAAAAACAGUUCUGCGCUGCCAGCACCUUCUUCUCAUUCCACAGAGUCCUUUAGGAAAAACUGUGUGGUUAACUCUGGAAACUCGGGGGCUUCUUAUCACUCGCCUGUGAUGUCUUCAUCCCACAGUGUUGGCCUCAAUUGUAUGACUAGUAAAGCUAACUCGGUUAGCCUCAAACAUGACCAAUCAGGGAGGGGCCCUCCAACUGGGAGCCCUGCAGAAUCGAUAAAACGAAUGAGUGUGAUGGUGAACAGCGGUGACUCCACCCUUUCGUUGGGGCCGUUCAUCCACCAGUCCAGCGAACUGAGUGUAAACUCGCACAGCGGGUUUUCACAUUCACAUCCUUCCCUAGAUAAAUUAAUAGGAAAGAAAAGAAAGUGCUCGCCUGGUUCAAGCAGCAUAAACAGCAGCAGCAAAGCAAACAAGGUUGCCAAAUUGCCACCGGUGAACAACAUUCACACAAAACACACUGGUGCAAUCCCAGGGACGCAAGGACUGGUGAACAAUUCUGUCCUUCAUCAGCCAAAGGCUCGUCCCUAACAGUUGACAGUACCAUGAUAAAACUGGAUUAUUUUCACUACAAGCGGAAAAAAAAAUCUCCAUCUGGAAAUUCUGGACUCCAAGAUGCCUUUUUGAGUUCUCCCAAUUUCCCGCGGUCCUCAGGUGUGGAAAUCUACUGGACUGUCACCCAAUCAAGGAGUUUUCCUGAAGCCAUGUCUGUAGCAGCGAAGCUUGGAAAUGGACACUGGAUUGCUGUUCAGCCACAGGAUUGUUCCUAUCAGUGUUACCCGUGGUCUGGACCUCUUGCUACAAAUCCCUGUCAGAUUUUACUUACAGGAAUACAUCAACUUGCCACUAUUUGAUCUAGAUUGGUUGGGCAAAGCAAAGUUUGGGGAAGAACAUUACUGUGGACUUGUUUUUUUCUUUUCUUCUGACGGUGUCGUAGGCAUAACUAAUUGCCAGGUUGACACCAGUGAAAACCCCUCAAGAAGGGGGCACAAUGUGUUAGGCACAAUAAAAAGAAGAAGAAGAAAAAGAAGAAGAAGCCCUCAAGAAGGGAAUAUGGCUUUAGUGUUUUAUAGCAAUGUUCCUUGAUUGGAAUGCAAAAAUAGCACAAUUUAAAAACAAAGUCGACAUUUGUCCAGCAUUUUGGGAUAAAAACAAUUUGGGAUAAGAAGCUGUCAGGAGUUCUAAAAAACAAACACAUGCUCUUUCUUUUUAGUGCAUGAUGCAUUCAUCACUCAAAAAGAAAAAGCAUGUUUCAAUAAUGAAAUCACAUGGUACAGAAUAAUUUUAUGGGCAGCACCCACCAAGCGCAGCUACUGAACAGCCUUUGUUUAUUCCUGUGGGGAGAUCCUUUACAAGGUCUAUGGAAAUGAAUGGAGGCUGCAUUGUGGCAUUGUUUGGAUGAGCGCUGCGCCUGCUUGAUUUUAAACAAAAUUGCUUUGAUUUUAAAACAUAUGUUAACCACUUUUAGAUCCAGAAUGGCGAAUGACCUCUAAAACUAUUCCCAAAGAAAACGUUUCUUGACCUAUACUGUAUGCCAUAAGCCUUUGUUGUUUGGAGCAGGUGGGUGGGGAAACGAGGAAAUGCCAAUGGAAGUUGGUUGUACCAUCCAACCCUUGGAGCAGGGGAGGAAUACAAAACUGAAACACAAACUCACUAAACUGAAACAGUUUAAGACACUGAAUUUUCAGUGCUUCUUUGCUUUUUCUUCCUGUAGAAAUACUUCCCAGUAAAUUGAUCACAUCAUCCCA